CUGAUGUGGUGAUGGUGCUGUUUCCAUCGAAACUAAACCAGAGAACUUUGCCAAACCACCUUGCAUGAUGACACCCACCAGAAACAAGAAGCAGCAAUCCGGAAGGCAUGCCAUAUGAAGUCUGCGAACCCACCCCGGUUCCUGCUCUUCCGGGGCCCUAGUCUAGAAGGAAAAACACCAGCCACUCCAACCAGGUCAGCCCUACAGGGAAGAUGCUGAGGCUCCUGCUCCUGUGGCUCUUGCUUCUGCUCCGUGGGGCAGGUACAGAGGAGAUCAUCGGGGGCCAAGAAGUCAAGCCCCACUCCCGGCCCUACAUGGCGCUUGUUCAGUCUCUGGCAACAAGUAAGAAGAGGUGCAGUGGGGUCCUGGUGCGAGAAGACUUUGUGCUGACAGCGGCUCACUGCCAGGGAAGCAGUAUGAAUGUCACCCUGGGGGCGCACAACAUCAAGAAGCCAGAAAAGACCCAGCAGGUCAUCCCCGUGAGAAGAGCCAUCCCUCACCCAAACUUCAACCCCAGGGACUUCUCCGGGGACAUCAUGUUACUACAGCUGGAGAGAAAGGUCAAGCGGACUGCAGCCAUACAACCCCUCAGCCUGCCCAGGGGCAGGGUCCGGGUGAAGCCAGGGCAGGUGUGCCAUGUGGCCGGCUGGGGGCAGGUUGCCAUGGGCACCCUAGCAACCACAUUGCAGGAAGUGGAGCUGACUGUGCAGCCGGACUGGGAGUGCGAGUCCCUCUUCCGCAACUAUUACCGCAGGGCCACUGAGAUCUGUGUGGGUGACCCAAAGGAGAAGAAGACUGGCUGCAAGGGAGAUUCUGGGGGGCCUCUCGUGUGUAGCAAUAUGGCCCAAGGAAUUUUCUCCUAUGGACAAAAAAAUAGAAGCCCUCCAGGAGUCUUCAUCAAGGUCUCCCACUUCCUGCCCUGGAUAAAGAGAACCAUGAGGGACCUCUAGCAGCAGGUGUCAGACUGGCCUUCCUCCAUCACCAAGCAUCUUUCCUGGAUGAGAGGUUAAGGCCCUGCAGGGGUGGGCAGUGGGGGAAACAGCAGCAUAAUAAAUGCAUCCCCAGAGAAAAUAA